AAAAACAUAAAUAAAUGUUUUAGAAAAAUAAUAACUACACCUCCCGAAUAAAACAUCGAAAUUCGUGGUAAAUACCAGAUAAGUAGAGUCAAAAAUGGAGUCCCAAGGCGAUAGUGAAUCUUUGGGGCAAACAACCAAGACAACUAGAGAAACCGUGGCCAAAUGCAGUUUUAUGAUCACCGUGGGAAGUGAUGGCGUAAUCGAAAUUAAUUCGCAUAAUCCAGAAAACGACUGCCAAGUAUCAUCAGAUGGAAUAAGCAGUGGUAACUCACUAUUAACGAACAAAAAGCAGCGUUUUACCAUAGCAGUGCUUAAAGAAGAAGAUUCCAAUGAUAUCGAUAGUGAUCCCAAAAACAGUCUGGAGAAGAUCAAAAAUAAUAUUGAUUCGCCAGACGAAAUGAAGACCACAAAAAUGUCGCCUAGCUUCAUCAAGAUCUGUAAUAAAGAUUUAGCAAACAGACCAUCUUUCGUGGUUCUUGAGGAUGCUUGUGCCCGAAAUCGUAUUGAGCAGAAUCUGGAGCAAGCAAAAUCAGACCAAUCUGUCCAAUGCCAAACUCAGCAGACCUCGCACUCUGAGACUAGCUGCCAUACUGGAUCCCAGACAGACAAAACUCCUCAUUACCCAACAGCCAAUAAUAGCACUCAGAAAGGUCCAAAGGUAUCAUUGUUGACGGCAGACCAGGUCAUUUCCAACUUAAAUUAUAAGAAAACGCAAUCGGUUUUUGAUAUAAGACCAAAAGGUGGUAAUUUUUCGAUUGGUCAAAAGGACACACAGCAGCCACAUCCGACCCUGAAUCAACAUCUUCAACAGCAAGAACAGCUAAAUCUGCAGCAUCAUCACACCCUACAACAGCAGCAACAACCCACCAAUUCUCCAUAUGUAACUAUCAGCUUCUUACCCAUGACCCAAACGGGAGUAACAUCUACAAGUCCUGUGGCAUUUCCUUGCCAGCAAUUCCUGAGUGCCACUUCGAGCAACAUAUCAAAUUGUUCCUGCUGCACCUGCAGAAAUUGCUGUCCGCCAAGGAAACCUCAAGUCUGUCAAGUUCCAAUGCCCAAUGGAUGCAAUCAGUUUCACAAUCCGCUACAAGACAGCAAGUGCUGCAUGCUGAGAACAGAUAACUUUCAAAAUAGCUGCCUGAAUAGUUGUGGAUCCUGCUGUCCUAUACCAAGUGCAGAACCACACUCUUCAAUGGGAUUAGGUGGCCAAUUCAGUCCGCAAAUGAUACCAUCUUUCGUGGUACCAUCUUCGAAUUGUACAUUGCAGCAACAGCAACCAAAUAUUCAAAUUUCCGGCUGCCCCUGCCAACCGUUGUGUACAUGCAACCAGUGCUCCCACUAUAGGAUGCAAUCAUUUCAUCAUCCUUGUUGCCACUGCCUAGGAUUCUUUAACAAUCAACAGAUGUAUCAAUCGCAACAACCACCAUGUGUCAGCUGCCCUAUUAAACUAAAUCAGCGACGGCAGUGCUCAUCUAAAGGAGGAAAGGUAUUGAAAGCCUGUGAAAAGACAACAAAUCUUAAUAUACAUCACAAGAAGCCGGAGAUUCUGAAGCAGACAAACCUGGAGCCAUCUAAUGAUCAAAAUAAUCAACCAAACAACAAGAAGACACCUCGAUCGAUUGGCGGAGCUGUUACUGCGAGGAACAAUCCCAACUACAACCCUUUUUAUCUGUCUCGAUAUGGAAGAACAUGCCUGAUUCUGCGGCCCACUAGCACCGCUCUAGUGCCACGUCUUUUCACCAAGCGUAUCAGUCGGUAUACAUCGGUGAUUGCCUGGCCCACAAAAUCUGUCAAAUCAAAUAUGGAAACAAAUUAAACUGGUUCACAAUAUUCGCCAAAGGACAUUACCCAGACUCUAUUAAAAAAUAACAAUGUUAAAGGUGACUAUUAAAAUUAAACCUUAAAAAAUAGA